AUGAAACUACUGCUCCUCCUCCCCGCCCUUGUGGCGCUCGCCAGUUCCAAGUCUGUCCACAAGCGCAAUGCUUACGGAGACGAGCAGGUCGUUCCAGCCCCUGUUGCUCCAGCACCAGGUCCUCCAGCACCAGUUGAGCAGCCACCAGUCCCAGUUGAACAGCCAGCACCAGCUCCUGACUGUGCCCCAGCACCAGCACCCGCUCAACCGUCAGGAUACAGAGCUAAGCGCAAUGCUUACGGAGACGAACAGGUCGUUCCAGCCCCUGUUGCUCCAGCACCAGGUCCUCCAGCACCAGUUGAGCAGCCACCAGUCCCAGUUGAACAGCCAGCACCAGCUCCUAGCUGUGACCCAGUACCACCACCAGCACCCGCUCAAGCCAUCAGGAUACAGAGCUAA